ACGCCUACAUGCGGGCCCCAAUCCAUCUUCAACCUUCAGUAGUGCUUUUUCUGUAGGGGCACCUUCAACCAGCGACUUUCAGAAAUACAAUAAAUUAUAUUUUCUCCACAGACACCAUGUCCUUUCUGACUACAGGUAUCAGCAGGCUAGCGCCAAGACUCCUUAAUUCAAAGAAUGCCACCUGCAUCCUUGUGGCGUCCAGACAUGCCAGCUCCUCAACAAAUCUAAAGGAUGUUCUAACAGAGCUUAUUCCAAAAGAACAAAGUAGGAUCAAGAGCUUCAAACAGCAGUAUGGAAAAACCAACAUUGGAUCGAUCACUGUUGAUAUGGUCUAUGGAGGGAUGAGGGGCAUGAAGGGUCUGGUGUACGAGACCUCAGUGCUGGAUCCUGAUGAGGGAAUCCGUUUCCGGGGCUACAGCAUUCCGGAGUGUCAGCACCUGUUGCCCAAGGCUCCAGGAGGUCAGGAGCCACUGCCUGAGGGCCUCUUUUGGCUGCUGGUCACAGGACAGGUCCCCACAGAGGAACAGGUGAGCUGGUUGUCCAAAGAAUGGGCUAAGCGGGCAGCACUCCCCUCCCACGUGGUCACCAUGCUAGAUAACUUCCCCACCAACCUGCACCCCAUGUCCCAGUUCAGCGCUGCCAUCACAGCUCUGAACAGCGAGAGCAGCUUUGCCCGGGCCUACUCUGAGGGCGUCAACAAGGCCAAGUACUGGGAGUUCAUCUAUGAGGACUCCAUGGACUUGAUUGCCAAGUUGCCGUGUGUUGCUGCUAAGAUCUACCGUAACCUGUACCGUGAGGGCAGCAGCAUUGGCGCCAUCGACUCCAACCUGGACUGGUCCGCUAACUUCGCCAACAUGCUGGGCUACAGCGACUCUGCUGAGUUCACUGAACUAAUGAGGCUCUACCUUACCAUCCACAGUGACCACGAGGGAGGUAACGUCAGUGCCCACACCAGUCACCUGGUGGGCAGUGCUCUCUCUGACCCUUACCUCUCCUUCAGUGCUGCUCUGAACGGGCUGGCUGGACCUCUGCAUGGACUGGCCAACCAGGAGGUGCUGGUGUGGCUGACAGCCCUGCAAAAGGAGAUGGGAGGGGAGGUGUCUGAUGAGAAGAUGAGGGAUUACAUCUGGAACACACUCAAGUCUGGCAGGGUGGUGCCAGGCUAUGGGCAUGCUGUCCUGAGGAAGACUGACCCCAGGUACCAAUGCCAGCAGGAGUUUGCCUUCAAGCACCUGCCCAACGACCCCAUGUUCAAACUGGUGCACCAGCUCUACAAGAUUGUGCCCCCAGUACUGCUGGAGCAGGGCAAGGCCAAGAACCCCUGGCCCAAUGUCGACGCCCACAGUGGAGUGUUGCUGCAGUACUAUGGGAUGACAGAGAUGAACUACUACACUGUGCUGUUUGGUGUGUCCCGAGCCCUGGGUGUGCUGGCCCAACUUAUCUGGAGCCGAGCCCUGGGCUUCCCUCUGGAGCGCCCCAAGUCCAUGAGCACAGACGGACUCAUGACCCUGGUGGGGGCCAAUAAGUCCGGCUGAAGAAGACGAGGGGGAGGAAAUACCGUAUGCAAGUGACGCGUUCCUACAUCAUACUUCCGUGUUCAUGUCCCUGGUCUUUUGAAUGGGCUUCAAGAUUAUAUCAUCAAAUUCAUUAAAACCACCAUUGCGCUA